GGAGGGGCGGGACAGUGGCUGCGGGAGCGGGAGGGGGCAGAAAAGGGAAUUCCAACGUGUGGAACUUCGAGGGACCCGAGGUCUGCUCCUUCCCAUUGACUGUGGACGGUGCAAGGGGCGGGGCCUCUGGCGGCUAGUGGAGGUGUUGGGGUCCGCAGGGUGACGGAGGGGAAUGUCAGUGUGAGUGGGGUCCCGCACGUCUGAAUUUAGAAUCGUGAGGCCCUCGGGGCUCAGGCACCGCGGAGAGAGUGCUUGGGCGGCCAUGCGGGACAGAACCCACGAGCUGAGGCAGGGGGAUAACAGCUCGGAUGAGGAGGACAAGGAGCGAGUCGCGCUGGUGGUGCACCCGGGCGCGGCCCGUCUGGGGAGCCCGGACGAUGAAUUCUUCCAGAAGGUCCAGACAAUUCGGCAGACUAUGGUCAAGUUGGAGAGUAAAGUCCGGGAGUUAGAGAAGCAGCAGGUCACCAUCCUGGCCACGCCCCUUCCCGAGGAGAGCAUGAAGCAGGACCUGCAGAACCUGCGUGAUGAGAUAAAACAGCUGGGGAGGGAGAUCCGCGCUCAGCUGAAGGCCAUAGAGACUCAGAAGGAGGAGGCUGAUGAAAAUUAUAACUCUGUCAACACGAGAAUGAGAAAAACCCAGCAUGGCGUCCUGUCCCAGCAGUUUGUGGAGCUCAUCAACAAGUGCAAUUCCAUGCAGUCUGAGUACCGGGAGAAAAAUGUGGAGCGCAUCCGCAGGCAGCUGAAGAUCACCAAUGCUGGAAUGGUCUCUGAUGAGGAGCUGGAGCAGAUGCUGGACAGCGGGCAGAGUGAGGUGUUUGUGUCCAAUAUACUGAAGGACACACAGGUGACUCGACAGGCCCUAAAUGAGAUCUCAGCUCGGCAUAGUGAGAUCCAGCAGCUGGAACGCAGCAUCCGUGAGCUUCAUGAGAUCUUCACUUUUCUGGCCACUGAGGUGGAGAUGCAGGGGGAAAUGAUCACCCGGAUUGAGAAGAACAUCCUGAGCUCAGCGGACUACGUGGAGCGUGGGCAGGAACACGUCAAGCUAGCCCUGGAGAACCAGAAGAAGGCGAGAAAGAAGAAAGUCAUGAUCGCCAUCUGUGUAUCCAUCACGGUCCUCAUCCUGGCGGUCAUCAUUGGCAUCACCACAGCAGUUGGAUAGCGUCGCGUUCUUGGUACUGGGAGCACCAGUGAUCUGGGGCCUGGCCUUUGCUCCCAGCAGCUGUGGGGGCAGGCAGAGCCUCGGCAGAUCCUAUCCUCUUACUGGCCCCUGUGCGGGGGGCUGAUGGCUCUUCUGGAGUUGGCAGCUGCUCAUUCGUGGGGGCCUUCCCCAUCAGGCCGCCGCCAGAGGGAGGGUCUGCUGUGUCCUCUUUGGUUGGGACACACGGUUUUGUAAAAAAUUAAAAAAAAAGGCUUGCACACCCGUCCAUGUGUUUCUG